AUGAUAGGGAACAAAGAAGAAGCAUAUGAAUGCUUCAAUUUAGCAGCAAGAUAUAUGAAAGUAGGAAAUUACAGUCAUGCAAAAAAUUUAUUUUUAAAAUCAAAAAGGAUGUUUCCUGAAAUUGAUAUAACUGAACAAAUAAAAACAUGUGAAGAAAAAAUAAAUAAAAGUGAACACAUAGGAAACGAUAAUACAACAUCCAGUAAUAUUAAUAAUAGGUCAUAUAAAACUGAUCAAAAUAAUUUACAUGAACGGCACAAAUCAAAAGAUGAUAACAUCGAAAAAAUAUUAAGAACAAAUAAUUUUUAUGAAAUAUUAGGUAUACCAAAAAAUAGUAAUGAUGAAGCUAUUAAAAGCGCUUAUAAAAAAUUAGCGAAAAUAUAUCAUCCUGAUAAGAAUAAAGAAAAGGGGGCUGAAGAAGCUUUUAAAAAAAUAUCAAAAGCAUUUCAGCAUUUAAUAAAUAAAGAAAAAAGAUAUGAAUAUGAUAAUAAUUUAGAAAUGAAUUCUCAUUAUCCAACACAUAGAUCAACACAUUUCUAUUAUAGUGAUGAUGUAUUUACCCCCGAAGAUUUAUUUCGUAGUUUUUUUGGAAUAAAUUUUGCUACUUGUAAUAAUAGAGCAUUCCGAACUAAUAUUAAUACAGAAAAUACACACAAUAAUAAUAAUAAUAGCAAUAGUAAUAAUAAUAAUCAACGCAGCAUUUCGCUUGUACAAAUCUCCAUAUUUUUAAUAAUGUUUGUUAUAUUUUUUCUAUCAAGCUAUUUUGAGCAACCAAGGUCUGUAUAUUCCCUUCAAAAAACAAAUUAUUUUGAUACUGUAAAUUAUACGUCAUUAAAUAAAAUUCGAUUUUACACAAAAAGGACAUUUGGUUAUAACUAUCCUAAAAAUAGUCAUCCUCGUUUUCAAGUUGAAUUUGAAGUAGAAUACAAAUAUUAUGAGCACGAAUGCCACGUUUUAACUAAAAAAAUUAAAAAUGAUUAUUAUGGACAAAAAAAAAAAUACAAACAACAAUUAAAUUAUAAGGACAUACCCGAAAGUUGCUUGAAACUAAAAACAUUAGAGGACCAAUACAACAACUACAUUAUGAAGUUAAAGAGACGAUGA